UAUCAAUUUUCCAAACCUGUGAAACUUUGAAAUGUCUUGUAGCAGUGGCGUGUAAUUUGCUGCAAAUUAUUUAUUUGGAUAAUACUAUUAAAAUAAGAAAGAAAACUUAACUUAAACUUAAUCUUGAAGAAAUAUUAAAAAAACAUGUUCGACUCGCUGCCCGUAUGCCGAGUAUGUUUAAAAACAUCACUUGAAUACAUCGACUUCGAUACACCAUUCGAGUUGGACGCUAGCAUCAAGCCAAUGGACAACGAUCUAACAUAUCUUGAUUGUUUUCAAGCUUGUACCCGUAUCGAGAUCGAAUCCGACGAGAAUUAUCCCCAAAGUUUAUGCAGUUCAUGUGGUCUGGAACUGAAAAUUGCCUAUGAAUUUCUUCAAAAAGCCGAAUCUGCAGAUAAGACAUUGCGUGAAUUGUCUGCGGGUACAAAAGUUGAAAAGUUUGAUGAUGAAGAGAUGAAAUGUUUCCUUCAACCUGAAAUAGUAACGUUAAAUGAUAAUAUAUCAACCGAAGAAACGCCUAAUCAACACCAAAAACCAGCAGACAGUCAUUUAGAUGGAGAAAAAACCUUUGUGUGUACAGUUUGUGGGGAACAAUUCUUCUCACAAAUGGUUCUUAACAUACACGUCAAUCGAUUGCAUACAAUAAAUAUACCCGAGGAUCAAAGCAACGCAGUCGAAAAAGUUGAAUGCCAAAUUUGUGAAAUGAUCUUGUCUAUUGAUAGCUUACACGACCAUAUGCAAAUGCACGAAGAAGAAUCCAAUGUCCAAGAAAAUGAAAAUGAAAAUGACGAUGAAAAUCAUGAAAAAACAAUGUAUGAGGAAGUAGUUAUGGACGAAGAACCUUUAGAUGUCGAAUUUGAAAUGCUAGAUAUGACCACUGUUUCUCAAGAUGGAGAAGAUAUGAGAAAUUUACAUGAAUCUGAAGAUGCAAAUGAUACUCAAGAUGUAAAUGACUUUGAAGAUGCUAAUGACUCUCAAGAUGCAAACGACUCUCAAGAUGCGAAUGAUUCACAAGAUGUAACUGCUUCCGAAAACUAUGAACCAGUUGAUGAGGAUGAAGAAGAGAUUCUAUCACAAAUAAAACACGAAGCCGAUUCAGAUUUUCAAGUCAUCGCUAAAAUGAUAACGGAGCAAGAAAAACAUAGAGCUAAAAAGGAGAAACACAAACAAUGUGAUAUUUGUAAGAAACAUGUUCGAGUAGCUUCUUUUACUGCCCAUAUGAAUGUACAUAAUGGUGUUCGGCAAUUUCCAUGCGAGCACUGUUUUCAGGCUUACUUUUCAAAUCGUUCGUUACAAAAACACAUUAAGGCUAAUCAUUCAGAUAUAUUGAAUUCUCGUUGUCAAACAUGUAAUGAAACGGUUGAAGGUUCCGCUAUGAAGGCUCACGUAGAAGAAAAACAUUCGCAUAUUGUGAAAUGCACGACGUGUGAACAUGAAUGCCAAGAGUCUAAAAUGAAAGAACAUAUGAAGAGAAAACAUUCAGAAUCCAAAGACUUUUUAUGCAAUGUUUGUUCCAAAACAUUUAGUACGCUUGGCAUACUCAAUGCCCAUAUGAAAUAUCACGACAAAAAAGAAGUCACUGCUAAAUCGGAGGCAUGUCAUAUGUGUGGCAAAGUAUUCUCAUCGAAUCACUACCUUAAAAAGCAUAUGCUAAUACAUCAGGAGGAACGCGCUCUAUUACAAUGUACUUAUUGUGAUAGAACCUAUCAUUCAAAAAAUUCCCUAGAGAACCAUGUGCGAAUUCAUACGGGUGACACAAUAAAAUGUAUUAUGUGUUCCAAAGAAUUCGGCCGACAAUACGAAUUGAAUGUGCACAUGCGAUUUCACACAAAAGAAUAUCCAUUCGAAUGUGAAUUAUGCCACAAAAAGUUCGCCAUUAAAGGUCACCUGCGAACGCAUAUGUGGCGUCAUCAAGGUCUCAAGUUGCAGUGUGAAGAGUGUGGAAAACUAUUUACAUCCACAAAAGCGUUGCAAGAACAUUCUUUCUAUCAUUCUGAGAUGCCUUUUCAAUGUCCCUACUGUCCAAAAGCCUAUCCUUCGAAACCGAAAUUCAAAGUUCAUUUGAAAACUGCUCACAUGGUGGAAUUCUCGAAUGAGGAAUUACAAAAAAUGGGCAAAUUCACAGUACCAAAAAGACCUAGAUCCAGAAAGUUUACCUUAGUUCAGGCUGAUACGGUCAUUAAAGAAGUUGAAGUUCAUACGAAAAUCGAAAUUGAUUAGCAUUCGUAUUGUCUAAAUCUUUCACUCGCUUGGCUACAUUAAAGGAUCACUUGAAAAUUCACGAAGGUAUCACUGAGUCCUAUCCUUGUGAAAUUUGCGGCAAAAUAUCCCCUUCGCGCCAAUGUGCUAAGAUUCACAGAAACAUACAC